CCAAUAAACCCAUCAUGAACCGACCUCUAAUUUUUUUCUAGAGCGCUUUCUUCGUCAUUAAAACCCCGCUUGCUCUAUCCCGCUGCUUUAUUUCUUCUUCAGCCUUCGAUAUUCCGCUGGAAUUUACACGAUUUGCUAUUGAAAUAAAUCAAAUUUAGGCUAAGCCCUCGGUUUGCCAAGUAGUCGAUAGAAUUAUACCAAGUUAAUCUCAUUAGCGGAAACCUUUCCAGUCUGGCUCGGGGCUGUUAAUCGGGCUUCGUUUGAGGCAAUCUACUAGGUCAGUCUGCUAGUUUACUAAUUAGGUACGAUGGUGACAGAAGUAUAGUGGAAAAAUAUAUGAAUAGUGUACUUCGGGAUAAGGAAGGUUUAUGUGUGGAUCAGGACUGGAAGUGUUUCGUGUUGAUCGAGUGAAUCAUGGAACUUUAUAGAGCGAUGUAUUUCGGCUAUGUCCUGGUCCUGGCAGUAUUCUUCCUCAUGAUUUGGGUGUCUUAUGUCGAAUCCAAAGAACAAGAGUCCGUAAAGUACCCUCCUUGUUUCUUCAACCCGCUGUGUAGUUGUUCGAAGGCAGUACCAGACUUGGGAAUAGUCCAGUGCAAAGACGUACACUUGUCUAGGAUUCCUGAAACAGUAAAUGUUUCCAAGGCGUUCAUGUUACACCUGGAAAAUAAUGGAUUGAGAACAUUGGAACCGUUUUUUCUACAAAGCACAGGAUUGUACAAGAUAGUUAUUUCAAACAAUCCAUUGGUGAUGGUGCCGGAUGAGUCGUUUUUAGGCCUGGAAAGAUCCUUGUGGGAAUUGAAAUUGAGCCACUGUCAUUUAACUAGAGUUCCUAAUAGAGCUUUAAGGUACUUGCAGAAGUUAAGACUACUUGAUCUUACAGGAAACGAUAUAAUCAAAAUAUCUCCAGAAAACUGGAGAGGUCUGGAAAGUUCCCUGGAAGUACUUAUUUUAUCCGAAAAUGCCAUUAACCACAUUCCCAUAGAUGCUUUCUCUGGCCUGCCCAUGCUGGAUACUAUCGAUUUAAGAGGAAACCACCUACGCGAAAUAGAUCCAUCUGUAUUUCGUGAUGGUAUGGGUAAAUUAUCCCACCUGCUACUGGGCGACAAUCAGUUGAGUGCCAUACCUUACCAAGCUUUGCAACCUUUAAGAACUUUGAAAACUCUGGAUCUGAGCUAUAACAGAAUUAACAAAAUGUCACCCUCUACUGAGCCUGGAGUAAAUAUAAAUCUCAAUUUUCAACUUAACUUAGACACAUUUAGACUGGAUUACAAUCAACUGCGUGUCUUGGAACCUGCUUCUUUUCAAUACUUCAAUAUCGUCAACAAGACGUACCUCGAUGGAAAUCCUUUAUCCGCUGUAGAGAACGACGCAUUCAGGCAAGCAAAAAUAAGGGAGCUCUUUCUUCGGAGUUGUGGAUUGACCAAUAUCUCUCCCGCUGCGUUUGCAGGCCUGGAAAACUUUCUGGAAGUUUUGGAUUUAUCCGGAAACAAUAUUUCUCUGCUUCCCAACGAACUGUUUCAAAGGUUUCAGUAUAUCAGAACACUGUUCCUACGAGACAAUAUCAUCACGAAACUCAGUCCUAGCGAAGCGUUCAAUAGUUUCCAGUACACUCUGUAUAAUUUGGACUUAAGUGGUUCUCAAAACAUGCCCAUUAAUAUACAAGACUUACGAAGAUUAAGAAGUUUAAGAUCUCUUUCUUUAUCUCGCCUAAACCAGCCUCAUAUUGAACCCGAUGAUUUUCUGGAAUUUGGAAUCGAUCUGGAAGAAAUGUCUAUAACUUAUGCAGGGAUACAAAGCAUAAAAAACAACGCAUUUAAGCAUGUGCACGGAUUAAAAUCGAUCGAUUUUUCCGAUAACAGCUUGACCACUAUUGAAGCCGAUGCUUUUGUUGAUAUUGGUCAUUCUCUGGAGCAAUUAUCUUUGGCCCAUGCGUUUUCUGCAUCUUUCUCCACAGUGCCUAGCGACGCAAUUAAAGUUUUAAACAAUUUGGAGUUCCUGGAUUUGAGCAAUAACAAGUUUAAAACGUUGGGAGAGACCAGUUUUCAUUUCCUGAAGAAGUUACGGAAAAUUGAAUUACAGGACAACCUGAUUGAUGUAAUUCACAAAGGCACUUUCCAGGGUGAUAUUCAUUCCAACUUAGAAGAAAUAUAUUUCUCUUUUAACAAUAUUAAAACAGUACCUCAGCAUACUUUUGUCCACUUGCCUCAACUAGAACGACUCUUUCUCGAUGACAAUCAAUUAGAAAGUUUAGAUCGUCGAGCUUUCAUGAACUUGGAACACCUGAAAUCACUUAAUCUCAAAGGAAACAAACUAACAAAAAUAUCAUACGAGGCGUUUCAAAAUUUGCCAGAAUUGGAAGAUUUGGAUUUAGCUUAUAACGAUCUGAAAUCUCUGGAUUUUAUGAUGUUUGAUCAGGUCGGUACACUGGCAAUGUUCAGUGUCAAUAUCAGUCAUAACAGUCUAAAGGAAUUGUUGGUGAAUUUGUCUCCAGGGUUUGAUACUCAAAUAGGAUUCGGAGGUUUCCACUCCAAUGUCAAAGUGUUGGACAUGUCCUACAACAAUAUCAGUCUUAUAGCCAAGCAGUUUUUUAGACCAGCCGAAAUAUCCUUGACUCAUCUUUAUUUAUCUCACAAUAAAAUACUGAACGCUACAAGGGAUGUGUUUGGAAAUAUGCCCCACUUACAGUGGUUGGACGUAUCUUGGAACCAGAUCUAUGAGAUGGAUUUCGAUAUGUUUAGGAAUACGAAAAAAUUGCAGGUUUUAGAUGUAUCAUAUAAUAGAAUCGCAGACAUACCGAAUGAUAUAUUUCGAUUUCUAAGCAACCUGCGACUGGUAAAUCUGUCAAACAACAGACUGCGAUCGUUACCUGAUAAUUUAUUCAGAGAAGAAGGUCUUGAAAGACUAGAUCUAUCCAACAAUCUCUUAAGCAAGCUGCCUUUGAAUGGUAUUUCUACAGCUCCAGCACAUACACUGUGCGAAUUGGAUCUUUCAGCAAAUCUUAUAUCGUCCUUAUCUCAUGGAGGACUUCUUGAGCGAUUCAAAAAAUUGAACUAUUUGGAUCUGUCGUAUAAUCGUUUGGCUCAAAUCGAUGCUGGCACGUUCAAAGGGUUGCCUAGAUUGCUUGCCCUAGAUCUGAGCCAUAAUGGUCAAUUGGUUCUGGAAUACAACGGUGGAAGCUUCCAGGGGUUGGAGUACUCUUUGUUGCAUUUGAAUUUAAAUAAUGCAUCAUUAUCUAUGGUACCAAUAUUACCCACUCCAAACCUAGUUUCUCUAUCUUUGGCAUACAAUUCAUUACCGAACAUUCCACCAGAGACAGCUACAAAUAUGACCAACUUACAGUUUCUAAAUCUAAACUAUAACGAUCUCACAACCAUUCCUAUAUUGACUCACUCUUUAUUUGAACUGAGAUAUCUUUUCAUGAUGUCAAACCCUGUAACUUAUCUUAGUAACACUAGUCUACUUGGAGUAGCUGAUCAUUUGGAGGAAUUGGACAUACGAAAUUUUGAUUUAACCGUUUUAGAGUCUGGAGCAUUUUGCAAAAUGUAUUCACUGAGAACAUUAAAAAUGAGUCUAUAUACGGGAUUUAAAACAUUUAACAUACCCAAUAUCAUUCAGUGGAACCAUGGGCUAAAAAACUUGGAAAUACAUGUAGAUAGACCAAGCGAUUCUAAUUUGGAGAAAGAAAUGGCGGGAGAAUUUCCUUUAAAAUUGAGAAAUAUUACGUUUUCUGGGAAAGGGUUGAAGAAAUUAGGGUCCAACAUAUUUCAGGGCAUUCGAUAUCCUCAGCUGCACGUUGGUAUCAGAAACACCACCAUUCCCCAGAUCAGCAGUGACCUGUUCAGAGAUACAGGGAGAGCCAGAAACUUAACCAUGGACCUUAGGGACAACGUAGGGCUUAAAAACUUGAUGAAUCCUAUUACUGGCUCCAAACCACAACUGUUCAAGAAGAUAUUUCUGUUGGACUUGCAAACUAGGGGAAACAAAUGGGACUGCGAUUGUGAUUUGGGGUGGAUUGAAACGUGGUUACGAAAAAAACGCCAGUAUCUGUGCAGUCACAGUCUAAGCUCCCUGCACUCCUCAACCUCCGUCGAUUCGUCGUGCCACGAGACGCCCGACGAGUUUAGAAUGUCCUUUUGCACGAACAAGAACAACAAAUCCAUCAUCGACGUGUUAAAAACGGAAAUUGAAUGCGGAUGGAGUUUGGGGAAUCACCUGGAUCAAUUCACUUUGAGUUUAGUGAUUCUUGUUGCGCUGGUACUUCAGUAUUUUGUUUAGGUGAAUGAGGAAUUUGAAAUAACUGGAUAUGAAAUAAAUAAAGUCAAUUUUUGUAACAGGGUUCACUUACAAUAACUUAAAUCAGAUGAAGAAUAAUGAUAAGUGCCAUAUUUUAGAGUAUUUUAUAUAAUUCAGGAUUUAUCGUCAUAGAUUUGAUUCAGAUUUCUUGUGUAUGAAUAAAU